UUUUUUGUAUCCACACCCACUGUGGGGAGAACGAGUUUGAUUAGAAACUAGCUUUCUGUGUGCAAAACCGAGGAGGACCUAAAACGAUCCUCUUAAAAAUAAAUACACACAACUCGCUUUAUGCAACUUUGCAACAAACUGCGGCUACAAUGCGAGAUCGCACGAAGGAACUCGGAAACAAGGAGGAGGAGAGUAACUCGGAUGAGGAAACGCAUUCAUUGGUUGUCAAACCAGGAACUGCAAAGGGCUCCAAGAACGAGAACAAGGAUGAGACGGACGCCUUUUUCAUGAAGGUGAGGGAGAUACGAGAGGGCUUGGCCUUGCUGUCCAUGAAGGUGAAGGAACUGGAGAAUAAACAGUUAACAGUGCUGGGAGUUCCUCUCCCUGAAGAGGGCAUGAAACGAGAUCUGCAGACUUUGAGGGAUGACAUUAAGAAGAUCGCCAGUCAAGUGCAGAAGAACUUGAAAAGCGUUGAGCCGAAAAAGGCUGAAGAAGACGAGGGCAGUAAGUAUGUGGCCGUUACUGACAGGAUGAAAAUGACACAGCAUGGGAUUCUUUCCCGGGAAUUCGUGGAUCUUAUGUCCAAGUGCAACACGGUCCAAUCACAAUACAGGGAUCGCAAUGUGGAGCGAAUCCAGCGACAGCUGAAAAUCACUGGGACGAACGUCACAGAGGAGCAGUUGGAUGAGAUGUUGGAGAGCGGUCAGACUGAUGUCUUCACACAAAACAUCUUGAAGGACACCCACGCCACGAAGCAGGCGCUGAACGAGAUCGAGUCGAGGCACGACGAGAUUCUCAAGCUGGAGAAGAGCAUCCGAGAUCUGCAUGACAUGUUCAUCUACCUGGCCAUGGAGGUGGAGGCACAGGGAGAGAUGAUCGACCGAAUCGAGAACAACAUUCUGCAGUCGUCAGACUUCAUAGAGAGCGCGGCGAAGCACACGCAGAACGCCGUGGAAUACAAACAAAAAGCACGCAAGAAGAAAAUUUGCAUUGCUGUCUGCGUGUCUGUGACUCUCCUAAUCAUUAUCAUAGCGCUGGCUGCAACCUUCGCAGGAUAAUUGCUUCACUGUAUGGACUGUCUGGAUUGGAAGCUUGCUGCUUGUCCUGGAAUUACUGUUUUAUUGUGUGUCUAGCCUGGACUGACAGAAGAAGAGAUUAAAGUAUAAAGCUAUCACCAGGGAGACCUCUUCUGUGCGAGGGCAUCCCCACGGUUCUGGGUUUCUCUGUGCACACGAGAGCUGUAAUCCUUGAUCUCUUUGAACGUAUCAACCAAGAAACGGACUUGGUUUUACAGUGUGUGUGUGUGUGUGUGUGAUUCUUGUUUAGAUGUUCUCAAUCAGAGCUGCAGGCAUCCCAUCAUAACCCUGUGUAACCCUAGGCGACCGUUUUUGUUUGCGAAACUGACCCUUUUUUGUUUGUGCAACUGCAGUUAUAAUUGUACACUAAAGUCGCCCCAGCACUGGCUUACAUUAAUAAUGCUGUCCUCUGUCCAAGCAUACGGUAACACUGUAUAUAGAAGUGGCUGAAAAAUCGAGCAAGUGUCUGUUUGUAAUUAAAAUGAGUCGCCCAGGUCUGCCAAGGUUCAAUUAAAAUUUACAUUGUCUGUAAUGGGUGUCUUUUUAUGUUAAGCACCAGCACCCCCUAGUGUACAGCGAGUGUAUUUCCAGCAGUGCAG